AUGGGCAACAAGUAUAACAGAAGCAGAUACUGGGAGAUCUCAUAUACAAGGUGGGAUAUCGAAUUAUGGGAUGAAUAUACUAGCAAAGAGCAACUUAACACGGAAUUGCAAGUAUCCCAUAAUGAUUUAGCUGGGGAACGAAUGAUUACAGAAUAUUCUGAGUCAAAAAGAGAAAAGAGAAGGCUCUUAGGAUUUGGACAUUCGAGGAAUAUAGAGCGUCGUAUUUACAGAAAGGAUUCAGCGAGUAUUGCCGCUGCUACAAGAAAAAAUAGGAACGGAAACGAACCAGGAAACAAAGAGCAAAAAUGGGACGUCGCGGGGGUGGAAUGUUCUCUGAUAGUGCAGAAUAUGGGUGCCAUCGAUUAUUUGUUCAUCCGAAUGAUAUCAAACGACUAG